AGAAAGUUUCUUUCUGUGCUCAAGAUCCCUCUCGUGGGUAGCUCCAGACUAAGUCAACUCAGUCACUACAAGGAGUAUCAAAUCUCUCGGCAAUGGCAUCACACGACCACCAUCAUCAUCAUCAUCAUCACGAUCAUGAGCAUGGCCACGAGAAAUCGGACGGCGGAGAAGGGAAGUCCUCGUGGGUGGGGAAGGACGGGAAGGUGUACCAUAGCCAUGAUGGACUGGCACCGCACUCACACGAACCCAUUUACUCUCCUGGCUACUUCAGCCGCCGAGCUCCUCCGCUUAACGACCGUAACUUCUCUGAGAGAGCUUUUACCGUCGGUAUUGGCGGUCCUGUUGGCACUGGGAAAACGGCAUUGAUGCUUGCUCUUUGUAGAUUCUUGAGGGACAAAUAUAGUCUUGCUGCUGUGACAAAUGAUAUAUUCACGAAAGAGGACGGUGAGUUUCUGGUAAAGAAUGGGGCUCUUCCUGAGGAAAGGAUUAGAGCUGUCGAAACUGGUGGAUGUCCACACGCUGCGAUCCGUGAAGAUAUCAGUAUCAAUUUGGGUCCUCUUGAGGAGUUAUCUAACUUAUUCAAGGCUGAUUUGCUUCUUUGUGAAUCCGGUGGAGAUAAUUUAGCUGCUAAUUUCAGUAGAGAACUAGCUGACUAUAUCAUCUACAUCAUCGAUGUAUCGGCUGGUGAUAAAAUCCCCCGUAAAGGUGGCCCUGGAAUCACUCAAGCUGAUCUUCUGGUGAUAAACAAGACAGACCUUGCAGCAGCUGUUGGGGCUGACUUAUCUGUCAUGGAAAGGGAUGCACUACGCAUGCGUGAUGGAGGGCCAUUUGUCUUUGCUCAGGUGAAGCAUGGGCUUGGGGUCGAGGAAAUCGUGAACCAUGUCAUGCACUCAUGGGAACAUGCGACUGGGAAGAAGCGCCAGUGAUGGGCUCUUAAGACCCAAAAUGGAUAAGAGAUGAAACUGAAUGGAACUCUUUCAAUACUUAUCUUGAACUCGGUUUAUGCGCAAAAGUUUAUGUAUCUGUUUGUUGUACGCAAGACAUAAGAGAAAUAAAGGUUUUGAGCAUGAGACUCAUUACAUUCUGA